AGUUUGAAGAAAGAACAGACAACGAACGAUUUUCGUGUCAGAAUCUUUAAAACAGAGCAAGCCAUUGCGUUUAUUCGAACAAAUAUGAACUGUUCUUCGGGGAAGAGCCUGGAUGUCCUGAAAAGCAAAGCGAGAUGCGAGACGCUUUCUCCAAUUCUGAAGACUACUUAGACCAUGGAUUUGUGUCUGUCCAGAGAUGUGCAAGUAGAACCUCGUCUAUAAGUUCUUGGUCUGAGACUUUUAAACCUUCUUUCACUCAAAAGCUGAAGUUUAGAUCUGUUUUAGAGGGGGAUCCCGCAGUUUUCCAAUGUAAACUCGUUGCCUGUCCAACCCCUACAAUUACAUGGUUUCAUAAUAAUAGGCCUAUCCCUAAAGAUCUGCAUAGAAUAAUAAAGAUGGAGAGUGAUAUGCAUAUUCACAGCUCUAGCCUAGAGGUUAGAGAUGUUCGGGAGAGGGAUUCUGGGAGCUACAAAGUGUUUGCCAUUAACAGUGAGGGUUCAGCUGAGUCAACCGCUUCGCUGCUAGUUGCACAGAGAGAGGAGCAAAAUGCAAAAUAUUUAGAUUUCCUGAGAAAGUCCAAACGAACCCAUGAGAGUAUUGAAUAUCUGGUUCAGAAGAGGAAAGAGGGUAGGCUGAAGGUUUACCUGCGGUGCAUUGGCUCUCCUUUCGAUAAAAGGCAGGAGACUGAAAAGAUAUUAAGCGACUUGCCUCCUGCAAAAGGAAUGGUGCGAACCAUAAGCUUUCCAAAACUCCCCGUGUUAAGGGAACAGGAGUUCGUGUACGAUAAAGAACAGGUAGAUAGCAAAUGCACCACAAGGCACAGGGAUCAUGGAAGUGAUGCUCUGCUUGAUGAGGAAAUAAAAAGUAAGUUGCAACAACUGCGGGAGGCCAAAAGAACCAUGUUGGAAAAGAAGAAACUGCGCCUGUCAGAGAAAGAAACCGAGACAGAGUCACGUCUUGAAUCAGUGCGAACCACAGACUUUAGAGAUGGUAAAGACCGAGGGACCCCUCCAGUCCAUUGGACCAUUGAGAGUGAGGCGAUACGCUCUGACUUCCAGACAAUAAAACCAAUCCAUACAUGCACCUCUUCACCUAAAAUGCCAAGCGGUGAGGAGGGUGCCGUGCACCAUCCUAAACCAGACUCUGUUAAGAUACCAGAGGACUUUCACCUGCGAAUGGAACGAAUACUGGGGCUUUCCAAACCCUCCCAGAGUCCUCAGGACUUCCCUGAAGGAAGCAUCAAGGCAGAAACAUUCCAAACAAAAUCACUAAUAACACUGAAAGAACCAACAAGAGAACAGUUUCGGGGAGACCUACCAUUAGAGCAACCAGAGCCAAUUGCCCAAGUUACCUCCAUCGACUAUAGUUAUACACACAAGGAGCCACAGGACUCAAGAAUAGAUACCAAGCCAAAAGAACAUCUGAAGGACUUCCAAGCAAUGACAGCCAAGAAGAAAAGGCCUGAAUCCAUAAUCUAUGUGCUUCUCUGCGAUGGAUUAAGCGAAACUACGAAACUGGAGAAUGUGAUGUCCGAGACAAUCACAAUAAACAUCAAUGAGCCUGUUGAUACUUUUGAAAGCAUCCAAACAGAAAAGAAUGAAGAAAAUGCAAUGUUAGUACUGGAAGACUCAGCAGAAAUCAGAGAGUCUGCAUUGGUAGAAGUCUGUGAAAUAAAAGAAAAGUCUGCCAGGUCAGAGAGCCCUAUUCUAAAGCUUCUGAAACCUGCCCCCCCUUUGUUUGUUCAUGAAAUUGAAUCUCAGGAAGCAAAGGAAGGGGAGAGUUGCAUAUUUGGCUGUCAUUUCUGUGGCCAUCCGCAACCUAUUGUUACUUGGUAUAACAAUGACAAACCCAUAUCACGUAACCAGGACUAUGCCAUUCAUACGACAGAGAGCCUGUCUACCUUGACUUUCCGGUCUGUUCUCCGUCAGCAUGAAGGAUCCAUCACCUGCGUGAUAUUUAAUGAAUACGGAACUGCCACUACAUCAUGCAUGCUCAAAGUGAAGAUUAAAGAGAAGAUUGAGGCUGAACCAUUCACCACCAAUGAAGAUGAACUAUUAAAGGAUUACGCAGAAGAGGAAGAAGAACUUAGUUUGCUGUUUGACAAAAUGAAAGAAAAUCAACGAGCUUUCAGUAGUGAAAGUAAAGCCACCCUUUACGUUCCUCAGGGUAACCUGCCCAUACCUUGUGUUUCUGACUCAGACCUGCUUUCAUUUCCUGUGGAAAUCAAAAUAAUUGCUCCUACUCCGACUCCAGAACAAGAUGAAGAACUGAAGGAAAUAGUUCAUCCUGUUGAAUUUGUACCUGAACCAUCACCUCGGGACCAAGCUUCUCAGAUAAUAAAACAUAAAUUUAAAUUUUCCUUUGAUGUGGUAAAUGAACCACCAAAAAUUGUGAAAGAAACACAAAAAUAUGUUAGUUGUAGAGAAGGAGAUUCUGUCGUACUGGAGUGCUCAGUAUCUGGUGAACCUCAACCGAUUGUAACUUGGUUUCGAAAUGGCAAAAUAUUAACUCCUACUGAGAAGUUUCAGUUUGAGGAGGAAGAGGAUGGUAAUUACAGGUUACGUAUUGGUGAAGUUUCUGUGUCAGAUGCUGGCACAUACAAAUGUGUUGCUGAGAACACAGCAGGAGUAAUAGAAACUGUUUCCAAUCUUACAGUAGAGUCUGGUGUGCAGAGUUUUUAUGGUCAUGUAGAACAAAUUAGUGAUGUUGAAGAAGAAACUGUUCCAGAUCAGAGUGUACAAAUCCAGGAAGAGGUUGCAAAGGAACUUUUGCACAAUCUUUAUGAAUCCUCAGUUGGAUAUAUUGCUGACAAGUUUAAUGAUAGAGAGUAUUCCGUAAGUCAAUAUUUUCAUAACCUCAGUACACUGAGCCAGGUAGAGCUCAUGGAAAAGGAACAAAAUACAUCCUCCAAAGAAACAGAAUCCAAACUCCCGAGAUUUAUGUGUGACGUUAGAAAGUCUAUACUUACUGAGGAUCAGCCAAUAACUGAAACCCCAGACUUUCAGCAGCAGAUUGAAAACGAAGAGACGGUAAAUGUUAGUGAACAAGUAGAGUUGAAGAUAGAAGAAGCCAAGACAUUCACUUUUGUCGGCGAUUUAAGCCAGGUUUCACACCCUGAAGAACCAUCAAUAUCUGAAAACCCAGAUUUCCAGCUCUCGAUUCUAAAAGAAGAGAAAAUAAAUGUGAGUGAACAAGUGAAGUCAAAGAUAGAAGAAGCUAAUGUACCUGCUUCUGCUGAUGAUUUAAGCCAGGCUCCACUACCUGAAGAACCGUUAGUAUUGGAAAGCCCAGAUUUUCAGCACCAGAUUGAGAAAAAAGAGAUGAUAAAAGUGAAUGAACAAGUAGAGUCAAAUAUAGAAGCCAAAAUAUUUGCUUUUGUUGGCAGUUUAAACCAGGUUCCACACACUGAGGAUGAGCCAAUAAUUGAAAGCCCAGAUUUCCAGCUCCUGAGUGAACUAAAAGAGAAAAUAAACAUGGGUGAACAAGUGAAGUCAAAGAUAAAAGAAGCUGAAGUAGUUGCUUCUCUUGGAUAUCUCAACUGGGUUCCACUCUCUGAAGAGCUAAGAGAUCAGCCUGAUAAAACAGACAAAAUAAAAAUGGAAACCACAGAAUUUACAUCUAAGAACAAACUUCAAAAGAUCAUUGAAAGCCACACAGAGAAAACUACAUAUAGUAAUAUAGAAAUUCCUGCACGUCAGGAUACAGAUGGUGAAGUAAAGAGUGUGCAGGGUAAAGAUGCUGCUUUUGAGAAGAAGCAGUGCUUGAAAAAAACAGUUCCUGAAGAACAUAACUUUAGCAAUGGAGUUACUGAUCUGCCCCAUCUUGAUAAUGGAAACAUGCCAAGUAAAUCUUUUAGAAACGGUAAUGAAAUGGAAGUCAAGGGCACAGGGCAUUUUUCAGAGAAAUUAGAGCCCAAGCAAGAGAGUUCUGCUCAUGAGCGAACUCUCGGUAUACCUCUUGUGGAACAUUCUUUCAGUGACAAUUUAGAUGCACCAUUUACAAAUGAUCAAAUCCAUGUCUUUGAGCAGGAGCUGAGUGCAAAGAGGAAUGAAUUUGAGGAUCAUAGUUUUUUCAGUCCUAUAUCCAAGAUGGUACAAGAGGAUAGAGAUCUGUAUGAAAAGGACACAUGUGACAGCAACUUAAAUAGGACAUUUCAAGAUUCAACUACCAUAGAAGAGAAAGAUGAGCCCAAUUCGCAUGCGAUAAGUGAUGAAUUCAAAGGUACACCCGAAUUAGAACAACUUGGUUUUUAUGACCCAAAUAAAGUAAUUCAGCACGAAGAACCCGUGAGGCAAGAAGAAAGAACCAUGGAAGGAAAUGAACAAGAUUAUAGAAGCUUUGCGCAUGGUAUAGAGGAAAGUGUCUGUCUUCAUGAUAAAAAAUUAUCUGACAUUGGAGAGACAGAACAGAAGGAAACCUAUCACAAGGAACAAACAUUAGAAAAAAUAGAACCUGAAACAUACAACAUUGUAUUUGAUUUAAAACAAGCUCCUUCAGUUAUAGAAAAUGUAGAUCAGAAUUUUCAAGAACAAAUUAGGAGGCAACAAGAAGAAACACAUUUAAAAGGUCAAUACCCAGCCUCUCAACCUGAUACAGUCAAUAUUGUAUUUGAUUUGAAACAAGUUUACUCUGCUAUAGAAAAUCUUGAUCAAGAACAAAAGAGGCUGCUGCAGAAUGAAAUAUAUUUCAAAGAUCAACAUUCUGCUUCUGAACAAAUGGAACCCGAUACACACCACGUGGAAGAAAAUGUACAGAAAACCAUAUCACCUACAAGACAAGGAAUUGAUUCCUGUCAAGAGUUUUCCAAAGAUAGUGAAGCUAUAAGCAAAAAAGAUAAUUCUCAAGAAGACACCUUAUCUCUAGAAAAAGUAGAACCCCAAAUCCAGGGAUUAGCAUUUAAUCUAAAACAGCAUGCAGUGAUUUUCUCAGAAGAAUUCAUUUCCAAAGAGACUGGCAGCAUAUCACCGGAAGAAAUGUGUUCCUUAAACCAAGUGUCAUCUCCCGAGGUUGUGGAAGGAGAAACCAAAAGUUUCAUAAACCAUCUACAUAUAAAUGACACACUUGUAGAAGAAAUGUCUUUAACUGAACAACUUCGUCAUAAUUACAAGAUGCAACUGGAGGGAGUUUACAUCCAAGAACGGACUCUCUCAACAGAAACUGGAGUGUCUGAAAUGCAAAUAUUUAAAAGUGACCUAGCUGACAUUCCUCUUUCUACUGAACAGGGAUCACCUGCAAAAGGAAUUGAUGAAUCUGAGAAAAAUGAUUGUGUGGAAGAAUCAUUUAAGGAACAAAUUAAAGACUUGAUAUUGGAGCAGACUAAGCCUAGGCCUUCAGCAGAAUCCAAAAUGUCAGUAAAUCAAUAUUUCCAAAAUUUAGUGCAAGAAACAGAUGUUUCUGAGAGUGUGGAAUCACUAGAGAGAAUAGACCCCAAAGCAGACAACUUCAUAACUGACAUGAAAAAAGCUGCAAAGGAGAAAGAACCCAUUGCAUGUAAAGUGGAGCAAGAACAAACACACGUUCUUCUGGUAGAGCAAGCCACAAUGAAAGAAAUAAGCAGCUCUACUUUUAAUGGAAGUAAAACUGAAACUGGGUGUUAUACCAAAGUAAUUCCCGAAGACCAUCAUGGUAUUCAGCAGGAAUCAGAUAUACAGGACAGGGACAUUUCUUUUGCACAGUUCCUUCGUUCGUUAAGAAAUGAAGAAUCCAUAGUCCAGGAAAGGCAAUCAAGAGAAGAAUUAAUUGCCUCAGAGAAACAAGAGUGUAAUUUAGAAGAUCAGCUUGAAAAUGAAAUUUCAUUUCAGACUAAAGACGUUGUAAAAGCUGCUGAAGGAAAUCUGGAUGUAAGGGGCCUAUCACAAAAUGUUUUGCAAUGUCAAGAGCUGAACGCUGCUCAAGUUUCAGAACCUGAGCCACGUGUGUCUCUCUCAGAUUAUUUACUUUCAGCCGGACAACAGGAGAGUCCGGAUUUCAAAGAUACCAUUUUCCAGGCCUUUGACCAGAAGGAGUGUAUCACUUCUUUGGAAGUUGAAGACGUCACUUUCAGCACUGUUUACAACUAUUAUAAUCAGCAGCAGGAGCUGACCCGUCCACUCUCUCCUGAAUCAGAAAUGUCAAUAGAAAUUGCUAGCACAAGUGGGGAUGAACUGACAGAAUCUGAGCGAUUCUAUACACCACCAUCGUCAGUUGAAAAUUUUGAAUCUCCCAUGUUUUUUGAAUCUUACCACACUCCAGCUGGCACACCUGAACGGUACUCAACACCUUCCGAGGAACCAUCCUUCAACAGAAAGUCCCCUUCAGAUUUGAUAAGGAACGGCACACCACGAGAGUGCUACACAACCCCCACCAGUGAAUAUCCUGAACCCAGAGCAUUAUGUUCUCCUUUCCAAGAAAGGAGGUUGCCUUAUGAAGAGCAGCGCUCAAAGAUGUUUGGCACACCUUGUGAAGCAGUGGAACCAAAGGGAAAUGAAAUGCCUCCAGCAUUUAUCAAACCCUUGCCCAAGAGGAAGGUCUAUGAAAACAGUUUAUUGGGUUUUACUACUGAAGUUAUAGGCUUUCCUGUUCCUGAUGUGAAAUGGUAUCAAAAUAAGUCAUUGCUUGAACCAGAUCAAAGAGUCAGAAUAGAAAAGGAGGGUGAUACAUAUAUUUUAGAAAUCCAUAAUGUUCAGAAAUCGGAAGAAGGAGAAUAUAUAUGCCAUGCAGUAAACAUCAUAGGGGAAGCUAAAAGUAUCACCCAAGUAGAAGUUUUGCCUCAAGAUGGAAGGUCCUUGGCCUUACCUCCUCCAUUAACACAUCAGCAUGUUAUAGAGUUUGACUUGGAACAAAAUAAAACUUCAAGGUCACCUUCUCCUCAGGAAAUACUUCUGGAAGUAGAGUUGGACGAAAAUGAGGUUAUGGAAUUCGAGAAACAGGUCAAAAUAGUCACAAUUCCUGAAUUUACAUCUGACAACAAAAGUAUGAUUGUUUUUCUUGAUGUCCUCCCUUUUGCUCUGGUGAAGCAAACCACUGGCUUGAUUGCAAAAGGAGAUGAAGACGUGAAAAUUGACUUUGAAGUCACUGAAAUGCCCCCGCGCUUUACCACUCCCCUUUUUGAUUUGGAAAUUCUAGAAAAUUCAGAGGCAGUGUUUGAAUGUACAGUGACAGGUUCCCCUACUCCCCAAGUACAGUGGUUUAAAGAAAAUACUUGCAUUACCACAGACGGCAGGAGCUACCUUGUGGCUGCUGAGAAAGGAAGUCAUUGUCUUAAAAUUCAGAAUGUAGGUCAUUCUGAUAGUGGCACAUAUCGGUGCAAAGCAGUGAACAGUGUAGGAGAAGCUAUAUGCAAAAGCUCUCUAGUUAUGCUAGAUUCACAGAGAGCCCUUGCUAGCAGGAGUGGAGAUGGAAUGACUGAUAUAGUUUUAGGCAACGCUAUGGGUAGGCCACAGACGUUUGAUUUGCUUGUAGACAGUACUCUUCCAAAUGGCAACCAGACCGAAAUAGAGCUGGAGUUUGAAUUUGAGCGCAACACUGAUGAUUCUCAGAAAGCUGUCAAGUUGGUAGCUGUCACAGAACAAGAGUGUGAAGAGGAAGGGGAGAAAUGUGUCAAUAUUAAUUUUGAUGUAUUCGCUGAGCCAUCCAAAGAAGAGAAGAUAGAAUUUAAAGCGGAGAGCUCAGGUAGUUGUUCCUUUGAAUUCCAAGUCACAGAAGCCCCUCCAAAGUUUAUCAAACAUAUUAUUGACUGCACUUCGUCAGUAGGAGCCUCUGCAUGUUUCCAGUGCCUUGUAGUUGGCGCUCCAAACCCAAGUAUCAGUUGGUACAAAGAUGGGAUACUGCUUGAAGGGAAUAGGUACUGUAUGGAGGAAAGGCAGAUGGGCUAUCAUAACCUAAUUAUUGGAAAUGUAAUCCAAAACGAUGAAGGGGAAUACAGAUGUGUAGCUGCAAACAGGGCAGGAACUGCUGAUACAAGUGCUGUGUUAAACAUAUGCUGAAUUUCCAAGUUUGAUUUCAAAAUACAGGUUUGGAUUAAGCACACAAUAGGUUUGCAUUGUCCCUAAAUUCUGUUUGUAAAUGUGUAGCAUUCACUUUAGGUGCUUCCUGUAUUUUAAUGCUCAUUGAGAAGUGAAAUUCACAACUGAUAGGCACCCCUCAAGUCCCACAUGCCCUAUUUUAGGAACAUGAGAGAGUUAAGUGGUGCAGAAGGUUUGUGCAGGCAAUCUGCACAGGAAUUAAUUUAAUUCCUUGCACAUUCUGCUAAAGGUACCCUUUUUAUCAUUGUUAUUCACAUAUGUAGAACUUCUUUGUCUGUUUCCUAUACGUGUAUAUAUACUUGUGUUAUUUAAAAGUGCAAUCAUCUCUGUGUCAAAAGGGCCUAGCAAACAACUUGAAAUAUGAAAUCCAUUGUGUUCUUGUACCUUAAGUGUGUGGAGUACUACUUUAGACAUAUGUUUCAGUCUAAACACAAUACACCUUUCAGUCAAAUCCUGAAGUGCUUACAAAUGUUUAGCCUUUUCACCUUUCCUAGACCUGAAGAAGAGAUCUGUGUAGAUGGAAAGUUUGUUUCUUUCACCAACAGAAGUUGGUCCAGUAAAAGAUAUUACCUCACUCACCUUAUCUCUAUUUUAUACAGGCCUUAUUCCGGCAAAAUGGCCAUUGAAGACAAUGUGCCUGAUUCUGAUCUUGAUUGUAAACUAAUAACUUCACUGAAGUCGAUGGGGUUACUCUGUUGCAAAAGCAAUGCAAGUGAGAUCAGAAUCAAACCUAGUUGAAGUUUUCCUGCAGUAAAGACUGAGUAGGGACUUCAGGAUUUGUAAUAAGCAUGGAUAUAAAUAUAUUGUGUACUGUACCUUUAAGAGUUAGAGGCAAAGAUGAGGCAUGUAAUACAUCAACAGACAGAAUGUAAUUAUAAAACUAUAAGAAUAAAAUCUCUCUUUCCCUGUACUCCUGCGCUGUGAAUAAAAAAAUACACAGCAGUAAGAAAGCAGGAGACUUUCACUGAACAUUUUCAUUUUAAGAUUAGAACUAAGUCUCCAGGGAUUUGUUUUUCUUCUGUCAGUCAUCGUUCUACCAGGAACAUAUAAUGUUAAAUACUGGACUGACAGAAACCAAAUGGAUUCAGACUCUAUAUGAAGCUUUUUUUUUUUUCAGUAUAAGCACAGUUAUUGUCCUUUAGAUUAAUUGUUUCUUAUGCAAUCAAAUAUUUUAGAGUAUGAACUAAGAAAGAUUUUAAAAAAUGAGAUGGAAGAGUCAAUUCAGGGUGAAGUGAUCAGUUCAGACCUAAGCUUAUCUAGCUUACACAAAAAUGUAUACACUGAUAAAAUAAUUAUUUUUAAAUUUUAAAAUAUUUAAUAAUUCAUUUAUAGAAAAAGAGGGAAAAACCUGCAAUGUAUAUGACUCCUUUCUGGUUACACAAACAUAUACAUGGGAAUUUAGAUGAAACCCUAAAUUCAGCAACCCUGGACUGUUGCUUUAAAUAUGAGUAGUUAUUAUUUUUCUUCCACUUUACACAAUGCUAAGGCUACUUAUUCAUUUUUGUCAGUCGACUUUCAAAAUGUUUUAAGAGGCAUGAUGAUUUUAAACUUAAAAGAAAUAAUGCUUUUGUGUGGUCAAUUGUUUUCAAGCAUGUUCUUAUUUCUGUGUUUGACAUGUAUUCAUAUAUGGGUUCUGUAUGUCUCAAAAUGUUGUUUUAGGCACCACAGAAGUUAUUCUGCAUUAGUAGGGAUUCAUUCUGAACUCAAGAUUCUCAUAGAAUUCUAAAGUACCCGAGAAAAUUGGGUCCAGUGGUACUCGUCUUAAAAAGCCAUAGCGCACGUGUGAGAACUUAAAAAUCAUUUUUUAUUAAAUCUCCGUUAAAUCAGUCAGCAGUGUUUGCUCUGCAAAUGUUAUGGAAGACACAAGGAUGUUUCAGUAGACACAUCUCCUAAUAGGUAGUGAUGCUUCAACUGAAAUCCUUCAAUAUUUUGGUGUUGUCCUCAAAGAUGAUAAAUAAAAUCUGCAGAGUGCCACACAUGAAGAUUUAUUGAAGUGUUUAUAAAAGAUUUCCAUUUUGAAAGCUUGCCUGUUUGUGGCAGUGGUUCAGUGUGGCUCUUCUCUCACAGAGAGAUAAGGAAAAUCAUCCUUGGAAAGUUCUCCCAUGAGCACUGCCAUUAAUGCAGAUUUUAAAUGGGGAUAAGACAAAGAACUUGGAUUUAAAGAAAAAAAUCAAUGUUUUUUGCGGUUUGGAAAAUUUUGGUUCACUUUUUUUUUAAUUCUCCAUUGCAUCAACCACUGCUCUUCCUUAUUCUGUUUAGACUAGGAAUAGAAGUGCCAAAAUACUUGAAGAGCGAGAUUCCUUGUUCUUGUGGUAUUUCCUAUCCAACAUGAAACCGGAAAUAUUGGAAAUCUCACAAGUCAAACUAUUUUUGUGAUGUUUCCAAAUUCAUUUUGUAGACUCAGUUUGUUUAGGUGGUGUCCAUAAGGGAAUCAGACCUUUUGGUGCUCGGCUGAACCUAAUUUACAAGCCUUUUGAGAGUCACACAUUAUAAAUUUGGAAUAUAUUCAAUAAAAUAUCUAGCAUUAUUAUUGAAAAAUUAUAUUGCCUAAUUGUGCUGCAAUGUUUGGAAAGCCUUACUUACCAUUACACAGUGCAGGUGCCAAGUAGUGAUGAGCUGGCACCUUCAGAAAUGAAACCGAGUGAAGUCCAUUGCGGUCUCACUUUUUUUAGCUAAACCCUGCUAAAUACUACGGAAGACAGAUUAUUUUAAUACCACUGAUGACCACAAAAUAAAUAUUACUACACAUUAACAUACAUAUGUACUUAAGUAGCUAAGGUUAUUACAAUUGUCAUUAUCACUAAACCAGUUUAUGUUGAAAAUGCUGGAGGAUAAGAGAAAUGAGUGCAUUUGUUUCAACUUUGAGCUGGGUAAAAAUGGUUUUGUGUUGUGCCCAUAUUCAUUCCCUGUACAGAUGCAUAGCAUUUACUGAUUUAUUUGACAGCAGAGGUCCCUAGAGGAGUUUGCAUGAAAUGUAUUGAUUAAAUAGGAUGUUAAAGGCCUGAUCCAAAGCCCAUUGAAAGGAAUGGGCCCCGUUAACUUUAAUAAACUUUGUAUAGGAACCUAAACAAUUAUCCUAGAUGUUAAAUAUGUGAAUCGGGCAUAUGUUUUUGGUAGAAAUUGGCUCAGAUUGAAACCUUAGAUCCAAACCAUCCAAAAUCUGGGAAAGUUCAAAUCCAGAUCUGAACUUAAUAACUCAGACUCUCUCUCAACUUUUACUGCUUAUACUGUGUAUAUAAGCAGUAAAAUAAAUAAAUAAAAUGUGUUAUUUAAAAUAGUUUCAUCCACUGUAUGACUUUGGCCAGGGACACUAAAAUAAAAAUAUGAUGUGUCAGGGUCUGACUUAAGUUACACUAACAUAAAUCCAGAGCUAUUCUUGAUUUAAGUACAGUUAUUCAGGAAUUACUGGUGUAACUAUGAUCAAUAUUUGACCCUAUAUCUUUUAAAGGUAGUGCUUAAGUAGAAAUUUAAGAAAAAGAGUAAUUUCAUUGUCAAGUGAAAUGCCUUUUUUCAUUCUUAAAGACAGGGUAUUUUAAAAAGAGAGUAGUUGAUGUUUAUUUGUAAUCAAUAUUAUAUUUUAAAUAUUAAUGUAGAUGAUAUUUGUGAAAUAAAUAUGUA